AUGGCACCAAAAGCGCCCCAACCGCCCGCGCGCGCCGGCGCACCCAGCGCACCGGACGCGCCGCCUUCGCCUGCCGGCGCGCAGCAGCGCCAGUUCGCCACCACGAUCGCGGACCUCGAGCUGCCCAAGACGAGCUUGACCAAGCUGGCCAAGGGCUCGAUCCCAGACAAUGUCAAGAUGCAGCAGGACGUCGUGCACGCGCUGAUGCGCUCGUCGACGCUGUUCAUCUCGUACCUGACCGCGACCGCGCACGACCAGGCCCUCUCGCGGUCGGGCAAGUCGGUCACGGCGUCGGACGUGCUCAAGGCCAUCACCGAGCUGGACUUUGGCCCGGCGGACGCGCUUGUCCCGCUGCUCGAGCAGGAGCUUCAGGCAUACAGGCAGAACCUCGCCGCGACCAAGGCGGCCAAGGCCAAGCCCCCCGGUCCCGGACGCGGCAAGGGCCGGCGUAAGAGUGCCGCGGACGGCGAGGGGGACGUCAGCAUGGCUGGGGAUGGAGAUGAGGGCGACGACGGCGAGGAGGGUGAGGAGGGCGAGGGUGACGAGGAGGAGGAUGAGGAGGGCGGCGAGGAGGGUGACGACGCCGACGAGGUCGAGGACGAGGCAUAG